CAGAGCUUUAGCUUCAUCUUUAUGGUUGUCCCGCUCUCACUUGCUUGAGCAAAUACUGCAUUAACCAUGUCUACCAGUCCAGAUAAACCGAUUCUCUCACCCAUUCAAGAUAUAAUCGAUCGCAUUUCCAAGUUGUGUGAGCUUACCAACAAAUAUGCAACCAAGGCCAAUCCACCUCACCAAAACACGGUCGCCACCAACACCGCGACUGAAAAUCAGCAAGACGGGUCUACUACUACCAGCCGAGGUGUUAGCCGCGGCGAGGAUAGCCAGAGGACUCAAAAAACGGAUGGCAGCAACAAGGGGAAAGAUGGUGGGGGAUACAGUAAGACGGAAGCGCUACACGAGCUGGGAAAACUAUACAAAGAACUUGAUUAUAUGUACAGAUCGUUCCAGAAACUCGAGAAGUUCGAAAAUGAUCUAAGCGAUCCACUCAAAACUCUUGAAGCCAAUGUCAAAGACAUCGUGACUGAUCUAGACAAAGACGAGUUGCCAAAACAGGUUCCGCACAAUCUCCGUGUGUUGAGAAACAACAUCACCAGAGUCAAGAUCCUGAUCCCGUCGCAACAUCAGGGCGGCGGCAUUAAUUCCGAAGGUAAUCGGGGUUUGCAGACGACAGUCGUCACCCGAGAUGCAGGGGAUUUGCCUCACCUAUACGGAUCAACUCUUUUUGAAGAAAGCUAUUAUUUCAAAGAAAUCGAGGAAAAAUAUAAAAGCCUUAAAGAUGAUAGGCUUAGGCUCUGCUUCUUGUGUUUCGCGAUUUUCCCAGAAAAUGCUGCGAUAAAGAAGAGGUUCCUGAGAUUUUGGUGGGUUGGAGAAGAAUUAAUCGGACCCCUAAAGGAAGGAGAAGAUGAGAAGGACAUUGUAAAUGAAACUCUCAACAUUUUCGUGGAGAAAGGGCUUAUCCAGCCUGUUUUGAAGAAGAGCAGAUUAGAGCCCAGAAGCUACAAAAUGGACCCGAUCGUUCGUUCGUGUUUGAACAGGUUUGCCAAAGAUGCACGUUUCUUUGAUUAUGACCAAGAAGGAAAACCAACCAUGGAUUUCUCAUCUUGCAAAAAAGCAUGCAUGGUGAGAUCUGAAGGAGCCACCGCUCCCUGGUUCUCAGAGUAUCUUAAAGAAGAAUCGGGGCAGGGAAAGCUACCUGUAGAUCUAGUAAAGCUGCAAAUGCUGUUCAAUUUUCCCGACAGGAACACAUUGAUGACGGCUAGUAAACGAUUUGAUAAAUUGCAGAUAUUGUUUAAUUUGAGCAAACAAUUUCCAGCUUUACCUACGGAGUGGUUUUCCAAGAUGACGGAGCUCAAAGUUCUUUACAUGGGUAAAUGGGAAACCACGGCUCGCCAUAUUGAGGUGGAAGACAUUGAUUUCUUAAAAGGAUUGAAGAACAUGAAGAAUCUAAGGCUUCUUAGUCUUCAAGGUAUUUCAGGUAUCCCAAAGAUUCCCAGCACUAUUCAGAAUCUUGGAAACUUGAGGAUCUUAGAUCUUAGAGCAUGUCACAACCUGGGGAGAUUACCAGAUAAGAUCGGCUCACUGAAGGAACUGACUUACCUGGAUUUAUCUGAGUGCUACCUGCUUGAUUAUAUGCCCAAGAGGCUGAGUGAUUUCAAGGAACUUCAAGUACUCAAAGGUUUUGUGAUUGUUGAUACCCAAAACUCAUGCACUCUCAAAGACUUGUCGAAUUUAAAGAAUCUGCGAAAACUAAGCAUCAAUGUCAACACCACGAAAUUCAAUAUUGAUGAUGAAGAGAGGUCUCUCAAUAGAUUUCAGAAACUUGAAAAGUUGAGGAUAGCGUGGGGAUCAAGAGGGAUGCCAAACACUAACAGCAGUAAAUCAAAAUCGGAUAUCAAGAACCAGCAGGCAGCAGCGAAAGCCUCAACAGGAAAAGAGAACAAGGGAGACGAUAAAGGCAGUGAAGCGAAUUCAAAGACCACUAAGGUUGAGGGUAACGACGAGCAAAACAGUGGUGUGAGCAGCAACCAAGAGACCAAGAGACCACAGUCGUUUUAAACAGGUGGCCACUGGGGUUUUCGCGGCUACUGUUUUGUGGAGAGUGAAGGAAGAAGAAGAAGAUCUUGUAGGACUUGCGAAUCUGGUGAAACUAGACCUCCAAUGCUUCCCUUACACCGAUCCACCUGAAUGGCUGGUACCGAAGAAACUGCGGAGGCUGACGAAUCUGUCGAUCAGAGGUGGGAAACUGAGUUACCUGAAACAUGAUGACAAGAAGAAGUGGAAGGUGGACACUUUGCAUUUGAAGUUCUUGGUGGGUUUUAAGAUGAACUGGAAAGAGAUGCUGGAAAAAUUCCCCAAAUUGAAGUAUUUGGAGAAUGUUAGAAGCCCUAGGAUCACACUUUGCCCAUGCGAUGACAAUGGAAUCUGGCAAGCUCCUUCCAAAUAG